AUGAAGGUGAUAGUCUUUCUUCUUGGAGGACCUGGGGCAGGUAAGAGUACCCAGGCAGAUCUCCUUGCAAAGCACCCCAAGGUGGCAUGUGUUGGUGCAGGCGAUUGCCUCCGAGCUGAGAUGAAUAGGGCGGGCUCGGAGCAUGCUGCAUAUAUAAAGGAGUGCAUAGCGAACGGCGUUAUUGUUGAUGGGAUGAUAACUGCAGCUCUUUUACAUGACUUCUGUGUAACUUCUAACAAGGAGGUAAUCAUUAUUGAUGGAUUUCCCCGUUCUGUUAAUAAUUAUAAUUGUUUCCUUAAGAUUUUCGGCGAAACACCCCACAUUAUGUUGACGCUCAGCUGCUCCGAGGAGACACUUCGAAACCGCAUUCGCCAGCGCAUCUUGUCGAAAAGCACGCGUAUCGAUGACAACGAGGAGACCCUCAUGAAGAGAAUAGCCAUUUAUAAUAGUGAGACUCAGGAGAUUUACAGAGAGCUCGACCGUAAGGGGAUGAGGAUAAAUGUCGAGGCAACAAAUAACAUAGAGGAGACUCACCAGAGAAUACUCAACAAGUUGGCGCUCUACUUUGAGUGA